AUGUCUCUUUCCAACCUCUUUACAAAUGCUGUCAUUCGAGCUCAGCACCUUCACCAGCUGGUUGCAGAUACCUACAGAGACUAUGAAAGAACAUAUAUACCGGAAGAUCAGAGAUUUUCAAACAAGCACUCAUAUUCAGUGUAUUGCUACUCAGAAACCAUCCCAGCACCAACAGACAAGGACAAUACUUACCAGAAAUCAGAUAUGGACCUCCUCCGCUUCUCCCUCACACUCCUGCAAUCAUGGAUGACUCCUGUCCAAAUGCUCAACAGAGUUCUUGGCAACAACCAGGUGUUUGGGAACAUUGACAGAAUUUAUGACAGACUGCGGGACCUCGACGAAGGAAUGCAUAUUCUCAUAAGAGAGGUGGAUGAUGGAAACGUCCGUAACUACGGCCUGCUGACUUUUACAUACGAUAAGUUUGAUGUCAAUCUGCGCACCGAAGAAGGCCGGGCAAAGAAUUAUGGUCUUCUUUCUUGUUUCAAGAAAGACAUGCAUAAAGUAGAGACCUACCUGAAGGUGAUGAAGUGCCGGAGAUUUGUGGAGAGCAACUGCACCUUUUAA